CUACGCAACACAACGAUUCCUGCGGCUCGCGGUUAAAAGAAUAGCCGUUCAGUUUGAAAUCAUCUACCGAACUGCUGUAAAGCGGUAUAUAUAUACUCCGUUAUAAAUCCCUCGAAUCGGGUUCGAAAUUUAGAAUGCGAAAAUAAGUUUAGAGUGCUUAAUUUUCGACUCGGUGUAGUCGACGAAUGUUAAUUAUCGUUCAACUUGGUCUAUCCAUUACAAUAAGAUAAAAUUAUGAAUCCUCAUUAAGCGGCGUGGAGAAGGGAUUUCAAUUGUGACAUUUUCUCGGACGGUCUCCGAUGAUGUUGCAAGCGGAUAAGAUGUUUAAGAAAAUUGAGGCAGGUUAUCGACACAAUAAUCGAGGACCUAUAUUGCAAAUUACGGUGAUAGCGACGGCGGUGUACAACCGACGAUGGUGGGAGAGGUGGCACAGAACCUCGGACUGAAGCUUGGGGAACAGUUGGCGCAGGCAGGUGUUGGACCUGAGUCCCGGUCUGUCGCUUUCUGCACCUGGAUGUCGGUUGCCGUGGAGUUCGUUGCCCGACGUACAAACGCACGCUCAUCGCGCGACUAUUUCAGAUUUCGCGGACUGACGGAUAGUAACGUAAACGAAUGAACUAACUGAGCAACCGACUAACUAACUAACUGACUAACGAACGAACAAACGGUGUUAUAGAUAAUUAAUUAGUGGCCCAUAUACGCGAACCGCAACGGCUUAACUGCAGUAAGCGCAGAACUGUUAACAUCGCUGAAAGGCAAAGAACAUUGAUAUAUUGUGAAAUACUAUUGUCGUUCCCCAUGUGUUGUGCAUUUCCUCGUGACGGGAUUCGACUGUUAUAAUUGUUUAAAAAUUGUUGUCCAUCGUGGAAAGUGUUGAUAGAAAGAAACGAACGAGAGAAACAACUCGAUCGUGUGCAGGGGACGUACCGAGAAAAGAAAUCGUGGGGAGAAAAGACGGAAAUCUGCAGCGAAACAACGUCGUUCUGAUGCUGGGGAUUAAGCAAUGGCGCAACAUCACCUCAUAGGAUCAGAUUUUUCUGAGGAUCUGAGCGACGGAACCACCUGCAGUUGUACAACAAGUUCGGUCGACAAGUGUUCUCUCCGCGGCUGCGAGAUGUUCCAGGAGCCAUUUUUUCUCCACCCUCCGAGUACGAGGCCACGCGACGGGAUUUACAUAAACCCAAUGACCGCUUUCAUCACAGAGGCGACGCCAAAGGCGAAGGAUACGGAAUCCUUUUACCUUCACAGUCCUCACGAUCUCGUCUACACGAGAAUAACACCUCUAUUCGGUGACUCCGGGACUCGGGACGCCGUAGAGAGGAAAGAUGAGACGUUAACCGUAAAAGUGGACGUCCACUGCACAAAUAACAACAACAACCACAACAACAAUAACAAUAAUAACACCAACAACAACAAUCUUAACAAGAGCAAUCACUACAAACCAAUUAGCAAUGGAGUCGGACUGAUAAGAUCCAACGUAAUCAAGGACACCGCGGAACAUGCUUACGAACAAAUCUGUUUGCACAAGGCAGAAACCGACAGCGUGACGUCAUCCCACAAAAAAAUUGCUGAUAACGUUUCCGAUAGCAGUAACUCGCGGAAAGCAGACAGACAUUAUAGCAGAUCGAGUAGCGUCAGCGAAUCGUCGAACAUGAGUAGCGAACUCCAGGGAUUUUCGUCAACGACGUCUACACCUUCUCUUUCCAGAAACAGCAGCAGCGAAAGGAUCGACAAACAGAAUAAGUUGCCCGAAACAAAUUCAGAGCGAAAAACUUCGGCGCAUAGCGCUAUAGUAGAGAUCGAGGAGCCUAAAAUCGUCACAAAUGGAUCCAGUUUUGUCAAGCCACCUCCUCCGCCGCCGCCGCCUCCGCUUGACCCGGAGGAAAUAAUCGUGAUUAACUCAAAACUCAUCGAAGUUGUAGCGAAGGAAAAUAGGACGGAAGGGAUGGACGCUGGGCAGGAAAACAGAAGUGAAACUGGCGUCACAUCGACGGCUAUCAGGAACGGCGUAUCUUCGAAGGAGGCGGAAGUCGACGGGACUAACAGUUCGCAAGUUGAGAUCGUGGAGGAAAUUAAACCGCAGCAGGUGAAUCACCUGAUCAACAAACACAUGGUUCUACCGUUUAUUCCACCGAAAUUCAUCAAUGCCGCUGACUCGAACACGCUUCUCAAACCAUCGGAGUAUCUGAAAAGCAUACACAAGUCCUCGGGUAAAAACACGCUCUCGAAAGCCAGGUCUGUCGACAACCUGGACAUUCAGAGCAGACAGGAUUUGGAAGAAGCGAGCGGCGAAUCCUCCCCGGAACCACAAUUCCUUCAACCCGGACCGCCACCUCCGCCACUUCCGCCGUUGCAGAAGAACAAAGAACAAUCGCAAGGUCAAACUAGCGCGGAAACGGAAACCGUGAGGCCUCAUCAACCCCUGGCAACGAUAAGUAUCCAGGACCUGACGAGCGUCCAACUUCGGAGGACCAAUACAAAAUUGCACGCAGUUAAAACGUUCUCCGCACCGCCACCGAGGAGCGUGUCCAUGACAAACGUUUCGGAACCGUUUUUCGUUCAGAAGAUAGACCUGAUCGCGGAGUUGAAAAUGUCGAAGGAUAUCUCCGGUAUCAAAAAAUUAAAAGUCGAAAGAGCUCAGGUCGAAAAAUCGCAGGAGCAGAAUCUCAUAUCAGAGAUACAUAAAACGUACAACGCUUCGAAAUUCGUGGAUCAGAUCCCAGAGAAAGACAGCGCCGGAAAUGUGAUUCCCAUUUGGAAAAGACAAAUGUUGGCGAGAAAGGCGGCUGAACGUGCGAAAAAAGAGUUGGAGGAGCAGAUCGCUCGAGAAAAUGAGGAGAAAAGACAAAAGGCCAUUCCAGCGUGGAAGAGACAGCUGCUCGCGAAGAAAGAUCACGUCGAUGAGAAAAAGGCCAAUCACGUGAAUUCGAGUCCUAGCACGAUCGCGCCGAAAGUAGAAGUGACUCCACCUCCGUCGGAGACUAUUCCAGCGCUAGUAGUCAAGGUGAAGGAAGUGGUGAAAGGAGGAAGGGAGAAGGAUGAAAAACUUGAAGUUGAAAAGCGACGAGAAGCUAAUGACGACGUCGACAACGGUCCGAUUAUCCCGUGGCGAGCUCAGCUCAGAAAAACCAACAGCAAACUGAACAUAUUGGAAUAAAUUUGAACCCACAUGUGAAAUCGUUCUUGCGAUUGCGGUUUACUUUGCGGAUCGCCCUAUGGAUCCGCUGACUACGUACACGUGAUCGUGAGCGAUUGUGAGCCCGGUUCUUCAGAUCCUCGAAAAUAAUUGGUAUCGUGAUACUAUCUGAUUAUUUACGAGGUUUCGCGGGUAAAGCGUUCGUUAGGCUCAGCGAUUUCGGCGAUGAUAAUGACGAUGAUUGAUUCGGUCACGAAUAUGGGACCCCUCUUAUUGUAAGUGACAAUAUACGUGUGUAAACGUAUUUAUCGACUAUACCAUAUAAACUGUGUGCAAUAUCGCGAAUUAUAUAGUAAUAUGUAAAUUUUAUAAUCUACGGCAGUACCUUUUUCAUCGUUACACUAUACCUAUACCUAUAUCCAUACGUAUUAUAAUUAUGUCAUACUCCAUUACAAAGGGGCGAUGUUUGCUGUUACUUUAAAAAUUGUAGACUCCUUUCUUUUUUUAUUUACUUUCAUUCUGAUUUUUUUUUUGUCUACAUACUUCUACUAAUAUCUCGUUUUAAUUUAUUUGCGCUGUAUCAAUUUCUUUCUUUCUCAUACUCCGUCUUAUUAGCACCCAGAGAAAAGGAUCUAUAUUAUAAAAAUAAAUAAUGAUUGCCAUGAAUCAUGUUUUUUUAAUACACAAAUGUAUGCUAAUUGUAAGAUCAACGACAAGUAUAUAUCAUUGAAUAUCGUGUGUUAAUUAUAAACUCAUAUUAAACGGUAUAGAAAUUUUUUGGAAUAUUUUUUCACACCAUAAAAUAGCUUUUUUCCUAUUUCAUUUGAAUAGGAUUUUCGGUAGUUAUUAGCAUGGCUAUUAUUGUUUAUUUUUCGCGGAUUAGUUAAAAAUUCUUGAAGAGACACGCUCAAAGAUAUGUAACUAAUAUAUACCUAUACAAUACGAUAGCAGAUUGUACAUAGAAUUCAAUAAAUUACGUUGUACUACUCACUUCAAUA